UGGACAUCUGGUGGUUUUAACAGCAGUUGGCACAGUUAUACAUGGAAAUACAACAUAAGAGAAGUAUGAGGCAACACUGUGCUCUCAAACAUGGUAUACUCAAGGAAUUCCUGGCAGAAUUCCUGGGGACAUUUGUCUUGGUUCUGUUCAGCUGUGGCUCCGUCGCUCAGGCCGUCCUCAGCCGGAACACCCUGGGUGAGCCGCUCACCGUCCACAUCGGCUUCUCCGUGGGACUGAUGAUGGCGGAGUACGUGGCCGGUGGGGUGUCAGGUGGCCAUGUGAACCCUGCUGUGUCUCUGGCCAUGGUGAUUCUGGGCAAACUGAAGAUUUGGAAGUUUCCCUUCUACGUCAUGGCUCAGUUUCUUGGUGCUUUUGCUGGAGCUGCUGCAGUCUUUGGAUUAUACUAUGAUGCUUUCAUGGACUUCACCAGUGGGAUUCUGUCAGUGACGGGAAUUAAUGCAACAGGUCACAUUUUUGCUUCCUACCCUGCGAGACACCUAUCAGUCCUCGGCGGCUUCAUCGAUCAGGUGGUGGGGACCGGGAUGCUGGUCCUGUGUAUCUUGGCCAUUAUUGAUGGUGAAAACAUCGGCGCUCCCAAAGGCGUGCAGCCGCUGGCCAUCGGUCUGAUCAUCAUGGCCAUCGGCGUGUCCAUGGGGCUGAACUGUGGCUACCCCCUGAACCCCGCCAGGGACCUGGGGCCCCGCCUGUUCACCGCUGCAGCGGGAUGGGGGAUGGAGGUCUUCAGCACCGCAGACUACUGGUGGUGGAUCCCGGUGGCGGGGCCCAUGGUGGGGGGCGUGGUGGCAGCCGUCAUCUACUACCUGCUCAUCGAGGUGCACCACCACCGCGAUGAGCCCGAGAAGCCCCUUCAGGAGGAGGAGGAGGAGGAAGACGAGGACGGCGAGGACAGCAGCCUGAAGGACAAAUAUGAGAUGAUCACGAUGAGCUAAAAUACGAAACAAAGACGGUAACCUUCUUUCAUCUGUAAAGACAGGCCUCCUCCGUCACUGUCCACACCAAUGUUGCAAUUUAGCAUUUUAUGUUUCAUAAACACAUGAAAGUCUCAGUCCUGUUUGCUUAACAUUGUUAUUAAUGUUCAUGUAAAUACUGUAUUAUAGAUAUUAGAUCCUUUGUUUGGCUAUAUUUAACACUUGGUACUGGACUAAUAGUUUGACAACACUGCCAGUCUCCGUCUCCGUUUGCUCCCUUCUACUUAAGUGCUUGUGAUGAUAUUCUCUGUAUAUUCACUUCAAACUUUCAGUUUUGUUCUGUUGCAAACCAUGAGAAAUCCUUUCCUCCUGUUCUUUAUUAAUAUUUGUAUUUUACUCUGUGAUGUUUUGUCGAUUAAAGUUUCUACAAAUAUUGA